ACGAUUUCCAUCCUGUUAUUAUUGUUAAAUGAUAUCGGCAUAGUAAUAAUUUUGUUAUACAUAUUGUUUAAACUUUAUGGUAUUAUUUUUUCACACGGUUAAUAUUGUACAAUAUUCAAAGGAUUAUGGAGCGGCCUCGUUGUAUCAAAUAGUUAAUGAAAUUUGAAGAUUUUCUGUAAACCAUCGUAAUAAACUGAAAUUCGCAAUAAUUGGUCUGAGAAUCGUAACUAAGUAAGUAACGUAUAUAGUAGUUCCGUUGUUGCUUAUUAAUAGGACGUUUUUUAUAGUUCAGGACAUAUUUUUAAAGCCAUUAUAAUUGUUUCACUCUUAUUCCAACAACCCUCUGUUGAACAUUUAAUUCGUUUUGCCGAUUUCAAUGUUCACGGUUUCGUAAAUGUUUUUCUAUACAUGUUUUUAAUAUUAAAAAGUUCAUUAUGUCUAAAAAGAUAACUAACUCUAUUCUGAUGGGUAUCUUAAUCGAAACCAUGUAGGUACAAUUUGUACAUAUUGAGAUUGAUUGGCGUUUGUUGUAUGUACAAACAUUACAUCAGUGUUGAAUACCAAAAUCAUAUGGGUUUUCAAUGGACAGUAUUCUUCAAGGCUAUUUUUAUUUAUUUUUAAACUUUAUUUUCCUUGAUGUUUGUAUUACAUUCUAAUAGAAUAAAUAAAAUAUUCAAUUAUUAUUAAAUUAUUACCCAUGUACCUUUUGACUUUUAUUUUGAUAUGUCGAGCUUUUGGCAAAUAAGUUACUUGAGGAUUGUUAUGUACGAUUACCUACAUUUUUAACCAUGAGUAUUAAAACCAUAUUGUGAAUGGGAUUCUUAACCAUCUAGCCAAUCUUUCAAUUUGAUUUUGAACCAAUUCAUGUGUUGAUCGAAAUUUAUUAAUUGUAAUAAUAUUUUAGUUUUAUCAUAAACAAUACCUAUUGUAAAGUUAUUUAUACAAAUGACUGAAAUGAGUAAUGUUUAUAUUUUUAGUAUAUUAGUAAAUAAAUAUUUAAUUUGACUUAAUAUUGUUAUUCAUAUUUGUAUAGUUCUGUAUUAUUAGAACUAGGUAUCUAAUAUUACUUACUUAUUGUGCCAAGAAGCACAUAUCGUAAAUAUUAUUAAAAAACAAAUAUCUUUAGUUUUAAUUUAUUUUUUAAUUAAUAAAUGUUUUUAUUUUAUUUUAAUUUCAGAUGUGCUAAUCGGGGUUAACAUUGUGAAUAAUGAAACAUAAUUAGUUUUGUGAUCAAAAAUUUUCAAGUACCUACCUAUACAAUUUAUUGAUCAUGGCUGAUACAAAGAGAUCUAAUUUAUCAGCAUUGAAUGGCUUAUCAUUAAAUGCGGCCUUGAAAUCCAAUCCAACUAAAAAAUUGGUUGUAAAAAAUCUUAAACAAAAACCAAUGUUACCAGAUAAUUAUCAGGAACUAACAUGGACGAAAUUACGUGAAGCUGUUAUUGCCAUACAAACUUCAACUGCGAUUCGUUACAGUAUGGAAGAACUAUAUCAAGCUGUCGAAAAUAUGUGUAAUAAUAAUUUAGCUUCUGCAUUGUAUAGUAAUCUUAUUGAGCUUAGUGAAGCACAUGUUAAAAAAUUGUUAUUAAACUUUAAUGAAGUAACUAAUGAUAAAAUUAUAUUUUUGAAAAAAGUGAGCCAUCAUUGGUCUUCACAUUGUGAACAAAUGUUAAUGAUUCGCAGUAUAUUUCUUUAUUUAGAUCGAACUUAUGUUCUUCAAAAUCCUAAUGUUAACUCAAUCUGGGAUAUGGGUUUAAAUCUAUUUCGCCAUCAUAUUAUGUUAAAUACUAAUGUUCAGAAUCGAGCUGUUGAUGGUUUAUUAUUAUUAAUAGAAAAAGAAAGGCAAGGUGAUAUGGUAGAUAAAACAUUACUUAAAUCAUUGUUAAGAAUGCUUUCUGAUUUAAAAAUUUAUCAAGAUGCUUUUGAAGGAAAAUUUUUACAGGCAACUGAACGUCUUUAUGCUACUGAAGGUUUGCGAUUAAUGCUUGAGCUCGAAGUUUCUGAAUAUUUGUGUCAUGUUGAAAAGCGUUUAAAUGAAGAAAAUGAACGACUUAUUCAUUACUUAGAUAGUUCUACAAAAUGGUCGUUAAUACACACAGUUGAAAAACAGUUAAUAAAUGAACAUAUAAACGGUGUAUUACAAAAAGGAUUGGACCAAUUGCUCAAUGAAAAUAGGCUGGACGAUCUAAAGUUAAUGUACAACUUGUUCUCACGUGUAAAGAAAGGACUGACUGAAUUGUGUAUGCAUUUUAAUUCCUACAUAAAAAAACAUGGAAGAACUAUUGUAAUUGAUCCAGAAAAAGACAAAACAAUGGUACAGGAACUAUUAGACUUCAAGGACAAAAUGGACAUUAUUGUUUUUAAUUGUUUUCAAUCAAAUGAAAAGUUUGGAAACAGUCUUAAAGAGGCAUUUGAACAUUUUGUUAACCAAAGAACCAACAAACCCGCUGAACUUAUUGCCAAAUUUGUUGAUUCCAAACUAAAAGUAGGUAAUAAAGAAUCUACAGAGGAAGAGCUAGAAAAACUUUUAGACAAAAUUAUGGUUGUGUUCCGGUUUAUAUAUGGAAAAGAUGUUUUUGAAGCAUUUUAUAAAAAGGAUCUGGCCAAAAGGUUACUACUUGGAAAAUCUGCCAGUGUAGAUGCUGAAAAAAGUAUGUUGUCUAAAUUAAAACAAGAAUGUGGUGGAGGGUUUACAUCAAAACUCGAAGGUAUGUUUAAAGAUAUGGAAAUUAGUAAGGAUAUAAAUGUGGCUUACAGACAGUAUUUAGCGCAUGUCAAAGACUUUAAAUUGUCUGGUAUUGAUAUGACAGUUAACAUAUUGACUAUGGGGCAUUGGCCAACUUAUGCUGUAAUGGAAGUGACAAUGCCUAAUGAAAUUAUACAGUAUCAAGAAUGUUUUAAUAAGUUUUAUCUUGCUAAACAUAAUGGUAGAAAGUUACAGUGGCAGCAAACUCUAGGUCAUUGUGUUCUACGUUCUCACUUCAAGCAGGGUAAUAAAGAGCUGCAAGUUAGUUUGUUCCAAGCCAUGGUGAUGUUACUGUUUAAUGAAUAUUCAACAAUUAGUUUCAAAGAUAUAAAAACAGCGACCAACAUGGAAGAUUCAGAGUUAAGGAGAACACUUCAAUCAUUGGCGUGUGGAAAAGCAAGGGUAUUAAUAAAAGUGCCUAAAGGGCGGGAUAUAGGCGACACUGAUCAGUUUUCUGUUAAUAAUGAUUUUGGUAAUAAACUCUAUAGAAUUAAAAUCAACCAAGUACAAAUGAAAGAGACUAAUGAAGAGCAAAAAGCUACUGAAGAACGGGUGUAUCAAGAUAGGCAAUAUCAAAUGGACGCAGCCAUUGUAAGAAUAAUGAAAAUGCGCAAGUCACUCAUGCAUAACCUUUUGAUUAGUGAAUUGUUUAAUCAGCUCAAGUUUCCUGCCAAGCCUGCUGAUUUGAAAAAACGUAUUGAAUCUCUCAUUGACCGGGACUACAUGGAGAGAGACAAAGAUAAUGCUAAUCAGUAUAAUUAUAUUGCAUAAUUUAUUUUUGAUUUCGUUAUAUUGUUUUAUUAUAAAUAUCAUGUCCAUGUAUAUUUUUAAAAUGUGUACAUGUGCCUAUAACAUAUUAUUAUGUAUUUGUUUAGAGAAUAUAUGCAUACAAGAGAAUUUUCGGCAGUUUUUGAUAUCUAUAUAUUCUUUUAUAAUGUAUUGCAAUAAUAAUGUAAUAUAUAUCAAAUUACAUAUAUUGCACGGUGAAACAGUCUACUGUUAGAUCAUUGUACUUAUCUUGUUCUAUGUUAGUAAUGAAAUACAAAAAUGUUUAACCUUUAAUUUUUUUCCCUAAAUUUUAAUUUAUGAUCUAAUGUAUGUGCGUGUGACUUGGUUAAUUAAAAUUUUCUUUUUUUAUUAUUUAUAUAUAAUUAUGCCUUGUGCUAUGUGGUAAAUUGUAUUAAGGAC